AUGAUGGUGACGACGGCGGGCAGGCUGGGCCGACAGGGAUUAGCGCCUGAUGUAGCCAAAUCGCAAAACAGCACCGCCCCUAUUCCCACGCGGUUUGGAUACGUCCUCUUUCCUAGCUUCCAAGCGCUCGAUGUCUUCGGACCUCUGGACGCUCUCAAUCUUCUCAGCCUGCAGUAUACCAUCAACCUCACACUUCUCUCCACCACGCUCGAUCCCGUCGCAACCGAAAAGCCAUCCUGGUGGAAGAAUGCUAUAAACUCCACGUUCGGCGAAUCAGUCCUUCCAACCCACACCUUCGAUACUGCCCCUGAACUCGACGUCCUUAUCGUUCCCGGCGGCCUCGGAACUCGUGCACCAGCGCCUUUGCUAGAUCCUGAAAUCGCAUUCAUCAGAGACCGCUAUCCAAGUCUCAAAUACCUCAUCACGACUUGUACUGGUUCAUGGCUCGCUGCCCGCUCUGGCGUGCUUGACGGACGAAGAGCAACGUCGAACAAAGCCGCCUGGGCGCGAACGCCAGAGAUGGGACCGAGAGUGAAAUGGGUUGCCGAGGCACGAUGGAUGGUUGAUGGUAAUAUCUGGACUUCGCCGGGUGUGUGA